CACAGUUGGAUCGCUGACGCGGAAAAGCGCGCGCGCACACAAGAUUUUGUCUUGACGCUGCGUUUUGUGAAUGCACCGGAGGAUCUGUUCAUUUUACGUGUGAAACGGUUUUGAUAAAAAUACUGUGCUGUGUUAUUUUAGUAGAAAGUUUACUCAGUGGAACGGGGAAGCGGCAACGGCAUUGGAAUAACUGUCGUGAAUGCCGGACCGUAUGGAUGGCUGCACUCGUGUGGCGGCUGCUCGCGCCCCUCGCCGCUGCCUCGCUCGUCACAGCUAAAUAUGCGGAAUUGGAGUCAUGGCGCGGUGCCGGGCGUCUCGCCACCCCGACCGAGGAGUCGCUGGACGAACGCCACGAUGCGGAAAUGCUUGCCGCCGUCCGCGCCUCGAUGAAGAUAUGGGAACAGAAGAGAGCUAGAACAAGGAGCAAAAGGUCGCAAGGCAGCGUGUGCUACGGCGAGUUUGGCUGCUUCGAGGACUCGGGUCCAUUCGCCUACCUCGAGACGCUGCCCAGCCCGCCGCAUGAAGUCGGCACGCACUUCCUACUCUACUCCACCGUCAGCAGAGGCGAUCAACCACUGCUGGCGGUGUCAGCUAGCAACAUGUCAGCAGCUUGGGGCUGGGCGGCGCGCGCCUUCGAUGCUGCUCGGCCCACGCGUAUCAUCGUACAUGGUUUCGGCUCAAAUUGUGAUAACGUGUGGGUGUACGAGAUGCGGUCUGCACUUAUGGCUGUGGAAGAAUGCAACGUCGUCUGCGUAGACUGGGAAGGCGGAGCCACGAUGCCAAACUACCUCCGCGCCGCCGCCAACACCAGGCUCGUGGGCAAGCAGCUAGCCAUGCUGCUCCAAGGGUUCGCCAAGCACAUUGACCUGCGGUUUGAAGAUGUGCACUUGAUUGGCUUCAGCCUGGGCGCCCACGUGGCCGGUUUCGCGGGAUCAGAAUUGCGGAAUAUCAGUCGAUUACAGGUAAACACAACUAGCGGUCUAGAUCCGGCCGGCCCGCUCUUCGAGUUCCAAGACCCGCGAGCGAGGCUGGACCGUGGCGACGCUGCCUUUGUGGACGUCAUCCACUCUAACGGGGAGACCCUGAUCCUGGGCGGGCUUGGAGCAGCGCAGCCGCUCGGCCACGUGGACUUCUACCCUAACGGAGGACGGGUGCAGCAUGGCUGUUCCAACUUGUUCGUGGGAGCAGUCUCGGACCUGGUGCUGCCGUGGGCGGCGGCGUCGGUGGAAGGCCGCUCGCUGUGCAACCACCGGCGGGCGUACAAAUUCUUCACCGACUCUGUGUCACCUAAGUGCCACUUCCCUGCGUUCCCCUGCUCCGAUUACGACACUUUUCUCGAGGGCCGUUGCUUCCCGUGCGGCGGCGAGGAGCGCUGCGGCAACAUGGGUUACUACGCGGAUCGCUCGCUGGGCCGUGGCCAGCUGUAUCUGCUCACCAGGGAGGAGGAACCCUUCUGUGCACAUCAAUACCACGUGUCUGUGUGGGCGGAGAGCGAAGCUGGAACGAAGGCGAACUACGGGCGAGUCUCGCUCACACUGCACGGAGAUUCCGGACUCAACGAAACCUUCCCGAUGACCAAGCGCGAAGUGACGUCACCGGCGGCAGCCCGCUUCACACACAUGAUCGUGCCCCAUCCGGCGCUAGGCGUGCCCUUGCGAGCCACCGUCCACUAUGCGGGGUAUUCGGGUUGGCUGACCGCAGGCGCUAAAGUCAUACGGUUGCAUAAGCUGCUCAUCGCUGAUAGCUUCGGCAAGACGUCAUCUUUCUGCAAGAAAGGCCUUCUGUUGCUGUCAGAUGAAGCCGUUGAAUUGCCACUCUAUCCCGGAGACUGCCGAUUACAGAAUACCGAUGCCAACUCCACCACAACCGAGGAGCUGAUCAAACGUGACACAUCAACUAAAGCCGCACCCGUGGACGUCCAUGAUAACGAGCUAUCGGACGAUUUUCCCUUCCGCCUCGUGGACACCGCCGAAUGGACCGGUGCCGAUGCCGGCCGGGCCUUCGGCGUCACUAACACUAAGCUAGCACCGAGUGGAGCUAUAGAGAUCGCUGAACCUGUCCUCAAACCGAGACAACAUAAAACGUCAAGGCAGCGCGCUGAUGAACCGCCUGCGGAGAUAUCUGAGCCCCUGCUGCGAGCGACACAAGCGCCUCGGUCGACGACACCGCCUCCAGUGCGGAAAGCGAAGAACUAUGAUAUGUCGACUACGCCGACGUAUGAGGACCCGGCUGAUGCGGCAGACAAGGAGACCAGCUUCGCUGUGCAGUUCCUGCCGUCUCGUUUGGCGUCAUUCAUCUCGCGCGCCGAGCGUUACGCGCGCGACACGCUCCUGCCUCUAGUGUCCGCCUAUGCUCCGCGGCUGCCCAUCUUCGGCUCGCGAGAAACUCCCAAACCUACCGCGCGGUACAUCCCCAUGGACACCAACGUCACCAGCUCCGUGCCUGUGCCCACGCCCACUUUAGAAAUGAAGAUAGAAACGCUAAGAACAAUGGGCCCACCGGGCGAGAAGCGCGAAAUAGAAUCGCCUGAAGACCCUGAGAUUACAACGACAACAACUACGACGGAGAAGUUACAAGCGGCUGCUUCAGAGAUAAUGAUUGCAUCUGUACCCGCUGCCGCGGCAUCGGAGAUUCUUCAAGUGGUUCCAGGUCCAACGGUAACUACAAGCACGGCUUUACCGCCGGUUGCGCUCCGAAGCGAAGGCGAAAAGAUCGUUAUAGUCUACCCGAGUAACGCUCGAGAUGAGCGGAAGAUCCGCUCGCAUUCAUACCCUGAGGAGCUACAGUUUGAAGCGCUGUACCGGCAUACGGCAAAGCCUGAGCUCCGAGUGGAUUUGCCAACGUUUUCGCCUCCGGUCACGACCGUAGGCACGCCGAGCGACCCGCGCUACAUCCCAGUACCUUACCCGGCCAGGGACAAACCAAGUGACGCGACGUGAGCUCUUAGUCAUGAUUUGAUUUAGAUAGUCGAAGCGUGAAGGGCUAUAUGGUUUGAGCGACAAAAUUCCAAGUUCAAAGCCACAUCCUGGGUAAGAUUUAUAUACAAUCAGUGCAAGAUGGUAUCUACGAAAAUGAAGACCUCAAGUCUGCACACAACUCUUGUAAAAAAGUAAGAAGUUUGUGUGUAGAUGAAAUCUUCUACAGAUUGUAGUAAUUCCAAAGAUCAAACUCUAUUGGCGUUCAAACCAAAUAGCCUCAAGCGAAUACUUGUAUAAAUACGUGAUUUUCAAAGUGAUCCUUACAUUCCGACUAAGUUAACGUAUAAUAGAAACGCCUGUAGUUGUGUAAAUGAAGAGUACGCCCAGAGUGAAAAGUACUGCGCGUAGACAGGUCAACAUACAAGACCUGGCACGAAUGGAAGGAAUGAGUGAAUGAAAACAAGCAUGAGCAAUUCCCGUUAAGUUUGUACCUUUGGAUCACGUCUCCGAUUUGGAUAAAAAUUGGUAGGCUGAUAAGAGUGCAUGAUGCUGAGCAAGAUCCACUAGG